AUGUCAGAUCGUGCCGAGCAGCGACGCACGAUUGUGUCGCUCGCCACGAGACCGGUGUCGUUUCAGGUCCUGGGCGAGGCACUGGGCAUGGCGCCGGAUGCCGACGCGCUGCUGGAUCUGGUCAUCGAAGUGCUGGCGCUAGGCAUGGUCCGUGGUCGGAUUGAUGGCGUGCGUGGCUACCUUGACGUGGUGUCGUGCAUCGCGGAGCCCCAGGACGUCGACGCACUAGCUACGGCGCUGCAUGCAUGGCGACGAGAUGCAUAUGCAGCAUUGAACGACCUCGAUACGCAGCUGGCUGAGCACCGUGGAUACGUCCGAUCUCUGCCAUCGCGCGAAGUCUUUCUCGAAGCACUAACGCCACAGCGGCUCGGCAAGCGUGCGCGCUGUUCAUCGCGAUCCCACGAGGACGAGUCUUUGGCAGCUUCGAGCGGACCGAUGCCACACGCGCGCUCCUAUCCUGCCAGCUCGUCGCACGCCGCCCCCGCCCCGUCUGAUCCACAUGGCUCAUAG